UGUGAAUCAUGGAUUUGAGUUUGAACUUUGAGGUGAGCCUCUGUCACUUUCUUUUAUCUUUUCUCUUUUUUUCAAAUCUGGUUUCGUUCCAUUCCAUUCCAAGCUCAACCGCACACGCAUCCUAAUCAAAUCAAACAGGGUCGCAAUUCUUUACAAUUCUAUCAAAUUGCGCGUUUCUUUGCAGCAUUAAUUUCCCGCUUCCGAAUUCCCAUCACAUUGAAUCUCGCCACCAUCAUAAAGGAUUGCACAUGAGGUUUGAUCUCAUUAUCAAGCAGUAGUUACCUGAAUCUGAUUCCCAUCACUUGAACAUUGUGUUUCAGGAUUAAAAUUUAGGUAUUUUGUCUAUGGUCUUCUUGAAAGCUUUCAUGCUUCAGUGUUUAGUAUAGAGCUUAGAGGUGUUUGAUGAAAGGCAUGGCUUGGAGUACUACAUCUAAAGGCUCUUCCAUAAUUUCUUCGAAUCGAAAGCCAAUUUCGUGGAUUGCAGUUUCAGUAGGAGUACUUGCAGUUUUCUUAAUUUAUGCUUCUUGGGGACUUGUAUCAUACCCUAUUGGAUCCACUGUUCAUAGUCAUUUUUAUGGUGUAGAUAAUACAGCAAAGGUAGAUGUGUCAGUACCUUCAAAAAAUGAAAAUUCUAAGGAUGCUCAAUUGAAUAGAAGUUCAGAUCUUGUUGAUAAUAAACAAUCUUUGGAUCUAGAUUCUCCCACGGUUUCAUCUGAUCAAUCUAGUGGUAGCAGCAUAGAACAAGCUGAUAGUAACUCAAACUCACAAGCAGGGUUGAGUGAGCAGACAUCAGAGCAAUCUCUGGUUAACAAGGAGGUGAAUGAAAUAGAAUCUACUGAUAGAGCGGGUUCUGAUUCGCAAGAAUCUUCAACUUCAUUUGAUGGAAGUAAGGAUGCAGUCAAUAGUAUAUUGCCUUCUAAAUUCGAUUCACAGGUUGAUAUGGUUUCGACGGCAACUUUGCCAGUGGCUGGUAAUGAUACAAGUAUUGUAAAAAAUGAGGAACUGGCCUCUGUGGAUUUGACCAGUCAGUCCAGUGCAUCUGAUGAGGAACCCGUGUCAUCUAGUGAUUCCACAUCAAAGGCAGUUCCAGAGCCAAUAGAGAAGCGAGAUAGCGCAUCUUCUGCUGGUUCAGCUAAUCCAGAGUGCGAUUUGUACCAUGGAAGCUGGAUACACGAUCCAUUGGGACCAUUAUAUAGAAAUGAUACAUGCCCAGUAAUUACACAGAUGCAAAAUUGUCAGGCUAAUGGAAGGCCUGACAAGGAUUAUGAGAAUUGGCGCUGGAAGCCAUCUCAGUGUGACCUCCCAAGAUUUGAUCCAAAGAAAUUUUUGGAGUUGAUGAGAGGGAAGACCUUGGCAUUCAUUGGAGAUUCAGUUGCAAGAAACCAGAUGGAAUCAUUGCUGUGUAUUCUCUGGCAGGUAGAGGUACCGAAGAAUCGGGGAAAUCGUAACAUGCAACGAUAUUAUUUCAGGUCCACAUCUGUAAUGAUUGCGCGGAUGUGGUCUUCGUGGCUUGUCAAACAUUAUCCUGAGCCAUUUGAUUAUGCCGAGGCUGGUGUGGAUAAGCUCCAUCUUGAUGCUCCGGAUGAGAAGUUGAUGGAAUUCCUCCCAAUGUUUGAUGUGGUUGUUCUUUCUUCCGGUCAUUGGUUUGCCAAGAAGUCUGUGUACAUUUUGAACAACAAGAUUGUGGGCGGGCAGCUGUGGUCGCCGCCCAAGUCUCAUCGGGACAAAAUGAAGAUUAAUAGUAUUCAAGCAUACGGUAUAUCUGUUGAAACGAUUCUUACUUCCAUUCUUGCGCAUCCAAAUUACAAGGGGCUUACAAUUGUGCGCUCUUACUCGCCGGAUCACUACGAGGGUGGUGCCUGGAACACGGGUGGAUCGUGCACGGGGAAGGUGAAGCCGCUUGGUCUGGGCGAACUGGUGGAAAACGAAUUCACAAAUGUCAUGCAUGCACAACAGGUUAAUGGUUUCAACCGUGCUAUGCAGAAUGCAACAAAUGCAUCAAGGUUGAAGUUAAUGGAUAUCACUGAAGUUUUUCAGUACAGGCAUGAUGGCCAUCCUGGUCCAUACAGGAGCACUGAUCCAAAUAAGAUCACAAAGCGUGGACCGGAUGGAAGGCCGCCACCGCAGGAUUGCUUGCAUUGGUGCAUGCCAGGCCCUGUGGAUACCUGGAAUGAGCUCGUGAUGGAGAUCAUUAGGCGAGAAUAUGAAGGAUCAAGUGUGUCGUGAUUAGUUGAAUGACUCUGUAGGAAAUGAGAGUUUCUUGGGGAGAGACAAAAAAUAGUUAAGUUGUAUCUUUUCAUAGAAGAAAAUAUUAACAUUGUAGAGAAAUUAAUUUAUUUGUAUAUGGGUUCGGAUGAUAAGCUAUUUGCUUAUUCCUUAACCCUCAAAAGCCAUUAGUACACCUGAUAUGGCUACGUAUGUCAUUACCAAGUUUUGAUUUUUAA